GUCACAGUCGGUCCGCUCGGUAAGACGGAUCGAUCAGCUCUCACUAGUCAGCCGAUCGAAAGCAGCAGGCGACCGGCUUGGAUCGAUCGCGUGCAACGAUCAUUGUCGAACCGCAAGACGAAGGAGACGCGUGCGUGUGCAUGCUUUGGACAUUAGUUGCUGCAGGUUAGGUUGUCGCGCGCGCAUUCGACCAAGUGCAGGUGCUGCUGUGUUGUGCGCGGAUAAAAUAACAAGUCACAGUGAGCGAAUCUCUAAGGAUCUUGUGGUGCAGGAGAACAGCACCCAUUACCUUCAAGAUAAUUUCUCAACACCGAGACCCUCGACACAAUGGAAAGUCCUUGAUAUUUCGCUAAGAAGUCGCAGGUAGCGAGUCGCGAGAUGUGGGAAGGUCUUCGUUUCCUUCUCGUGGUGGUGGCGAUCGUAGCUAACGUCCAUGUGAUCGAUUCUCAAAAGCCGCAACUCGGAGGCGCAGUGAAUGUCUUCAGCCGUUACGGCUACCUGAGCAUCAGCAUGAGGGUGGUUCCGCGGAACGACACGGACACGUGGAUCUUCAGGGAGCCGACCCUGGACGUCUUUCGCAACCCGACUGCAGCGCCGCCGCGACAGCAGAGCAAGAGCGCCGUCUUCGACGGUGACUUUCACAUGGAAUUCUGCGACAACAUCCGGCAGCUGCUCCAAGCCUACUUCCGGGACUUUACGUUCGAGCAACUCGAGAAACCCUGGAGAGCGUUCACCGGCAGCUGGUCCAGGUCCGCCAUUGCUAGGCAUCUUGGUAUCAAUGCCUCGUUCAUCACCGGUGAACAUUGUUACGUUCUCGUUCGGGUUGCUCGGUUCCGCGAGAGCCAGAAGCUCCGGGAACCGGUCGAGAAUCUAGUCCUCGAGGAAGCCGUCGCUCGGGAAGCCAACAACAUCACCGUCGGCGACACCGUCAGCGUCAUCCAAUUCAUACGCAACUUUGGCUCGCACUACAUUGCCUCUUAUGUAACGGGCAACUCCCUGUACCAGGUAUUCGUAUACACGCCACAAGUCUAUAUGCGUAUCAAGGAGCGACUAAAGACUCGCGGAGUUGCUGAACUAUCCAGUCUGGAGUUGAGCAAUUAUUUCUCACCGUGGUACGCGGAACACAUGGGUGCCAUCCAAUCAGCUAGUGGGAAUCGUUCGGUCGAAGCUUGGGCCAUUGAGCGGCUUCGCGUUCAGUAUUACAUUUUCACGUAUGCCAGUCUUUUGAAGUUACACGGAGACGCAGCGCUGUUGCGGCAGCUGGAUGCACUACUGGGUAACGAAGCUCUGCUGCAGUUACAGCUACGUACGCUAGCGCCACUGUUCAAGGAUCCAAAAAGACGCGAAUGGUUCCACGAGGUAAUCGACAAUUACGUGAAGCUGUGGGAAGUGAAUAUGUGAUCACACGGGAAAAGUGAUGAAUAUUGUCACGUAGUGUUUCCAGAAAACUAUAGUCGACGGUUAGGGAUUCGUCGUGAACUCUAUGAAAGGACGCUAAGUGCUGUAACGAUACUACUUUGAUCGAAGAACUCGAGUUUUUCGGUAACGUUGUAAUUUACGUACCUCGGUAUGGGGUAAUAUUGUACGAAAAUGAUUGAUGAACUGCCCACUUCAUUUCUUCCUUUAUUCCGAAUAAAAAUAUUAAAAUAUAAAAACAGACUGAUCGCGUUUUGACACGCACUGCGAUGCAGGUGCGACGAGCGACCAACGUACAGAAUGUAAUCGCUGUUAUUGUUAUAACUAAGUAUUUAUUAUAUAAUCGUUAAUAGAAAACAUUUUAUACAAACAUUUUAAUAUAUCACAAGCAUUAUUCAUA